GAGAGAGAGAGAGAGUAGGUUUUGUCAUAGUUUCUGUCAACCAUAUUCCACUUUUAAAAUAUUAGUCAAUCCUCGGUGUCAUGCUGUGGGACUGAACUCAGAACCUUGGGAUUACAAAGUUUUAUUUAGGCAAGGCAUACUGUCUUGUUUGUACCAAACUUUUUUGAUACUAGGCAGUGAACUCAUCUCAAAUCUGCUGCAACUACGAUUUCUCCCUAGAGGGAACCUCUUCACAGACAUCUGCCCUGCUAGAAAUAGCAACCAAAUAUCCUUCAAAUUACAGCCUGCUGUCUCAGAAAAUAUGAACAUAAAGGACAAUGUGGUUGUGGGUACCCUGUACCUGGAGGAGAGAGAUGGGAUAGUCACAACUGGAAUGCCUUUGAUUAUAGAUCUGUUUGAUGAGGGUUAAACUGAGGUUAGCAACCAGUCUUUCUGUUGACACUAAUACAACAGAAUUAAGUAACUUGAAAAUGUCAACACAAACAAUUUCCCCAAGUUACAUAAUUGAACUUGAUAUCUGGACAAAACUUGAUAUAAUCGCUGGAAUGAUUUUAUUCUUCGUAAUUGUCAUCACCAUUGUUGUCUGUUCUAUAACUCCGAUCUGUCCAUUAUUCAGAUUUUGUCCUUUUAACAAGAAGUUUUUGAAAAAUGGUGUAAUGAUAGCUGAAGGGAAAUGGCUCAACAGAAAAUUAAAUCUGCAUUGCGAAUUCACUUUACCUAACACUGCUAUGGAUGAAAAUGAGAGUGAUCCAUCUUCUACUACAGUCAACGGCUCAACUAAAGCAACAAAAGUGGGCCGUUUAUCAUAUAAGCUGAAAUACGAACCAGACCUAAAAAAACUAACCAUCAAAAUCAUUAAAGCAAAUGAUUUGAUUUUAACAGACCCAAAUUCUUUACCAGUUGACAACUAUGUACGCAUCCGCCUCUAUCGGAGCCAACGAUCCAUUUUUAAUUUCAACCGGCACAAAAACCUUCAAUCAUUUUCAUUUGAUAAACUUGACCUUGAAGUUCAGACAAGAAUUAAACGUAAAACUGAAAAUCCAGUUUUUAACGAGAAAUUUGCCAUAUUUGUUGAAGAAAAGCAUUUGAAAAAUUACAUUAUGAGAUUGCAGAUGUGUGAUUUUGAUCAUUAUUCUUGUCAUACUGUGAAAGGGGAGAUCAAGUCCAAAUUCUGUGAAACGAAGAUUUUUGAUGGUGAAGAAAAAAGUUUUGAUUGUGAAUUCACUGAACCAAUUGAGGAUUCCCUCGGCGAGGCAUACAUAUGUCUGACGUACUUACCGACAGCUGAAAAACUAUACUUCAAGUUAACACAGAUAACUGGUCUGCCGGUAUUAAGUAAAGAGACAAAUUGUACAGAUGCCUAUGUCCGUGUUGCUUUGAUGAGUGAUGGGAGAGCAAUGAAAAAAACAAAAACUUCCUUAAGAAAUGCAACAAAUGGCAACCCGAUUUUUAACGAGACCUACAUUUUUGAUAUGCCAAACCAUCAACUUGAAAACAUUUAUUUUAUCAUCACUGUGCUGCACCAUAACAAGAGAGAUGAGAAAUCUGGUUAUUUAAUUGGCCGUAUCUAUGUUGGAGCAAAAUUUGAUAAGAAAUCUAAAUAUCAUUGGGAAGAAAUGGUGAGACAUUCACGGAAAGAAAUUGGUACUUGGUACAAAAUAAAGGGCUAAAAUUUACACAAACACUCACGCUCACACACACACACACACACACACACACACACAUCCGCACAUUCAUACACACAUAUUCAUAUAUAUUUCUAUGUAGCCAUAUCUAUCUAUCUAUCUGUCUAUAUAUAUAUAUAUAUAUAUACACAUACAUACACACACGCACAUACAUAUAUAUACACACACAUAUACAAAUACAUAUACACAUGCAUAUAUAUAUACACAUAUACAUAUAUUAUAUAUAUAUUCUCUUUUAAAAGAAAUGUUUCUCCCAGCGUUCACUAUUUUCCUCUCAUUCUGGUCUAACAACCCUCCAUGUUUGUUUUCGUUCCGUUUCUUUUUAUGUCUCCACUGUCAUUUUUUUGUUCCCAACUUUGACCCUCUAUAAAUCCUAAAUUUUAUUUUAGAAUUUACGAGCAACUGUGUUUGAAGACUCAUAUUGUCAUUGAAUGCUUGAAAUGAGGUGUAGAUAGACAGCUGACAACUGAUGAAGGAUCCUUUCUCUGUGUUAACUUGUCAUGUUUUCCAUUUUUUCUUGUUGUUUAUGUGAUUGGUUUAUGUGUAUUCAAUGGUUUUCCGUAAUCACAUGUAUAAAUACUAGAAUGUUGUUUAAACACUUUUAUUGCUUGAAAACCGGUAAAAUAAAACAUACAAUGACAAUUUGUAAAGAUUCAACUUAAAAUUAAUUUUAUGCACAUAUGUAUGCAUAUUUAUAAGUGUAUACAUCAUACAUACAUGCAUGCCUGUAUGUAUAUAUGUAUGAAUGAAUGUAUGUAUGUAGUGUGUGUUCAUAUAUAUAUAUUUAUAUGCUGUUAUGUCUAUGUCCAGUCAUAGAGUGACCUAUGGUUUUGUGUCCAUAAAAAGUCUAACCCCAUGGACAGCUUGUCAGUGUAUGUCUGAUCAUAGAGUGACCAACAGUUUCACAUCCAUAAAGGGUCUAGCCCCAUGGACAGCUUAUCCAUGGAGCUAGGCCCUUUAUGGAUGUGAAACCAUUGGUCACUCUAUGACCUGACAUGGACUUAACUGCAUAUAGAUACAUGACUGUUCUAUGCUUUAGAGUAUGCUUCUUUUAUAAAUGUAUGAUACACUGACAAGAAAUAUAUAUAUUUAUGUGUGUGUGUGUGUGUGUGUGUGUGUGUGUGUGUGUGUGUGUAUGCAUAUAUAUAUAUAUAUAUAUAUAUAUAUAUAUAUAUAUAUAUAUAUAUAUUUAUAUAUAUAUAAUGUAGGUAAGGAAUAAAAUAUACUGACCACACUUGUAAUAGAAAAGUCAUCAAACCAUUAAGAUUGUACCAAAAAUUGACAAUACAAGAAUGAGACAUGGCCCCUAACUCUUUAUAAAGUGUUGUAAAUAGGAAUUAGUUCUGUUCUGUGAUGACUUUUUCAAACCCAUAUCAAUUUCUUUCUAUUCAUAAAAAUACAACGCACACACAUAUGCAUACACACGCUGUUACACAAUCACACAUUUUGAUAUUAUCAAAAGUUUUCUUUGAGUUUUACCCUUGUCUCUUCACAGCUGUCGUGAAAAGAUAAGAGCGAAACUGAGAGUGUACUUUUGAUGUCACAAACAUGUAUGUAUGCAAUCUAUCUAAUGUAUUGAGUUCUGUAUUAGAUAAUGUUCACAUCACAAAAAUACAUUUUUAUAAACAACUAUGACAUUAUGAUAUAUAUAUAUAUAUAUAUAUUAAGAAAAAGGUGGCAGUCAGAAUUUUGGAUAAUUUUUUAUUAGCGCUUUCAUUCAUUCAUGAAGAUUUUUCAAAUAUUUUGAAAAAUUUUCAUGAAUGGAUGAAAGAGCUAAUAAAGAAUUCUCCAAAAUUCUGACUGCCUAAUUUUUCUUAAUAAACAAUAUCGGGACUUCACUUCAAACAUACACACACACACACUCUCUCUCUCUCUCUCUCUCUCUCUCUAUAUAUAUAUAUAUAUAUAUAUAUAUAUUAUCAUCAUCAUUUAGCGUCUGGUGUCCAUGCUGGCAUGAGUCCAAUAGUUUGGCCAGAGCUGCCAAGCUGGAGAGCUGUAUCAGGCUCCAGUCUGUUUUGCCAUAGUUUCUACAGCUUGAUGCCCUUCCUAAUGCAACCCCUUUACAGAAUGUGCAGGGUGUUUUCAUGUGGCACUGCAUGGACACUUUUACAUGGCUCUGCACAAGUGCUUUUACAUGGUACUGUAUGGGUAUUUUAACAUGGCACCUCAUGAGUGCUUUUAUGUAGCAGUGUCAUAAGUUCAUUUCACAUGGCACUGACACAGGACUCUUGCAGAUCAAUCGUCUCUACCAGAGAGAACUAGAAACACUUCUGCUGUAGUGCACAGGUCUUCUUGAGUGCAGCAUGGUGCCAGGCAUCCUGGUCCCUUGUCAUCUCGCCUGAACAGUUCAGCGUCCUGAGGUCGUUCUUCAGUACUCCAUACCAUAUCUUCCUGGCUCUUCUACUUACACAUGUUCCAUCUACUUUGAGAGCUUGGCACUUCUUUAUGUUUAUCAUUUUGCUGCUAGAG